GGACGUUAUGAAUCCAACCCAACAAACGGUUUGUAAUUUCGUUAAGUAUCGAAGAAGAUAUGGCCAAAAUACCGGGACUGCGCCAGUGGUGGCGAGCUCCUCGCGUUGGCUAUGUUUCUUCAUCAUUUUCAUAUCGUUUCUUUCCAAAUGCUUACCGUCAACUCUCUCGUGGUUAUAAGGAACUUCCGAAGGUUAUUUCCAAGAAGAUUGGGCAUAGGAAGCUCGAAGUUGAUAGGGGUGACCGUCCAGAUUUGGUGCAGCAUCGCCCUCCUCUCGAUACACGAUCCGGGAAAACUUGGCUUCAGUGAUGAAACACGUCUUCUUGACCGGCACCUGAGUGUCCCGAGUAAAGUCUAUUUUGCAAUGAGCAAGGAUAUGCAUAAUGGGGAUGGCAAAACGGAGAUGGGAAAAACGAGUGCCAUCGCUAAGUGCAACGAUAAAGAAGUGAACCCAAUCAAAUUUGACAUCGUUC